AUGGCGAUCGAGAAGGAACGCUCUCAGGAAGAGACGGAUUUGCUUGAACGUAGUAAUAAGAAAGUGAAGACUGGUGAUAAUGGUGGGGGUGCGGAUCCGACGGAUACUGUCAUGGCUAGCAGAGUGGAGGAAACUCAGAGGGGAGAAGGAGGCGGGCAGUCUCCAAAGACUUCUUUCCGAGAUAAACUGAUGGGCCGUAUGGGUGCUGGGAACCUAUCACAUGAGGAGGAGUAUGAUGACUCGGUAUCGGAUGAUGAAGAGGAAGCUAUGGAGGAGGAAGAGGAGACCGAUUGUCCUGUGAUUAGAGUAUCAAAGAAGGAAAAACGGCGUCUUCGAUCACCGUGGAGACAGACUUUGAUCAUCAAAAUUUUGGGACGAUCAAUAGGUUAUAAUUUUCUACUACGGAAGAUUAAUAAUCUUUGGCGACCAAAAGCUUUUAUGGAGUUAGUAGCAAUUGGGAAUGAUUACUUCCUCGUUAAAUUUGCGUCCAAAGAUGAUUACGAUUAUGCCAAGUUUGAGGGUCCAUGGAUGAUUAUGGAUCAUUACCUGACUGUUCGUGAAUGGUUCCCUAACUUUGAUCCGGAUCAGGAUAGUAUGGAGAGGCUGCUAGUAUGGGUUCGUAUCCCAUGUUUGCCGAUUGAAUACUAUGAUUAUGAUUUUCUUAUGCGAGUAGGGGAAAAGAUAGGGAAACCAGUUAAGAUUGAUGAUGCUACUGACUCUGUGUCGAGGGGUAAAUUUGCACGAUUGUGUGUGGAAGUGGACUUGACAAAACCACUGCUUGCAAAGUUCAAAUUAAGACGUAGGGUUCGACGUAUUGAGUAUGAGGGGAUACACUUAGUAUGUUUCAAAUGUGGUUGUUAUGGCCAUAGACAAGAUACUUGUUUGCUUGCAACUGGUCCUGAAGUGGAGGCACAUGACCAGAGACCAGAUAAGGAGGAUGAUAAUGUUCAUCCGGUGAGGAAGGCGGUUGUUAUUGUUAACCCGGAAGUUACAGAUGAUUAUGGUCCUUGGAUGUUGGCGAAGAGUAGAUCACGGCGAGUAAUUAGAAAGCAAGAUGGCAAUCCAAUCAAAGGAGAGGAUCGUGAUGUUAGGAAAGGAAACAAAUCAGGCAACCUUCAAAUUUGGGUUGAUGAUAAUCCUAGGCAAUCUAGGUUUGCUGUUCUUGAAUUAGAGGAAAACCAAGAGGCUAGGAUGGUGGCAGUUGAUGGGUUUGGAAAUAAUGGACAGGAAGUGCCGAUGGUGGGCCGGGACGAGAAGAGAAUUACGCUAGGCUCCGGGAGGGGUCGCAGGCCCAAUGUUUGGGUAAGUAAGGCUGCGGUGACUGACCCAAUUGGUCCACCAACACGAACAAAUCUCAUUGUAACAGAGGGGCCGGGAAGGGGACCCAUUGACCCUCAAUCGUCGACCUCUGCUAAUCGACAUAGAAGGGCUGCUGCUGAGGAGAGUCAUGUGGUGGUUCGGGGAUUCCAGAGUGGUCAGCAGAUUGUGCGCUCGGUAGUAAUGAACGAAGCCAAGUCGAAGAGUGACGCAGCUGAUUCCUAUAGAGUUCCUUUAUCUAAUCUGGAACAUCAUCAGGACCCACCUGUCAUGUUGAUUAAUUCCCCCAUUCUUGAAGGAGACUUCAUGGAAGUAGGGGAGGAAGCUAACUUAGAUGAGGAUGUUGCUAUUAUGGCAGUUCGGGAUGGAGAAAAGUGUUUGGGUUCUAGCAUGGAGAGUAAAGGUGUGAAUGGAGAUGCCUGUGCGGCUUCGAGGGAAUUUAGUCGUGCUCUGAAGGAUUUGCUGCGUGUGCAUAAGCCUGGAAUUUUAGGCUUGUUAGAGACGAGGGUGAGUGGUUGUCAUGCAGAUCAGUUGUGUAAGCAAUGGUGUUUUGAUAACUGGGUUAGAGUGGAAGCGGCUGGUUUUAGUGGAGGAAUUUGGGUGUUUUGGAGGGAUUAUUAUCAAGUUGAAGUAAUCAAGACUCAUCCGCAGUUUCUUCAUUUGAGUGUUAAAAACGGCAAUUCUCAUCCUUGGCUACUUUCUGUGGUGUAUGGAAGUCCUGAUUCUAGCUUGCGCAAAUUAUUAUGGCGAGAUUUGAAUAAGGAGGUUUUGGAGAUAAGAGGGUCGUGGAUUGUCGUUGGAGACUUUAAUUCCGUUAUUUCUCGAGAUGAGGUUAGUUCAACCAAUAGAACUACAAUGAACAGAUGCUCUGGAUUUGCGGAUUGGAUUUUUGAUCAGGAGCUGAUUGACAUGGGUUUUUCCGGGCCAAUUUACACAUGGACUAGAGGAGUGAAGAGUGAUACUUUCAAGGGGGCGCGACUUGAUCGAGCUCUUUGUAAUGGCAGUUGGAGAGAACGAUUUGAGAAUGCCUCUGUUGUUCAUCUCCCAAAGCUCUACUCAGAUCACUCUCCAGUUUUGAUCCGUUUUAACCAAAACAGUAACGUUAGGCAGUCCUCUUCUUUUAAAUUUCAGGCAGCCUGGCUUACGCAUCCUGGGUUGAGUAUGGUGGUUAAGGAUAAUUGGCAUGAGGGAGAGUCUUUCUUGGAGAAUAAUGUGCGUAUAGCUGCGGCGUUGCAUUGGUGGAAUCAAACGAAUUUUGGAAGUAUUUUUAAAAGAAAGAAACGACUGUGGGCUCGGAUUGGUGGUGUCCAAAGUCGGUUGGCUGUUAGUUUCUCUACUCGGUUGCACCGUUUGGAGUUAAAGUUGAGGAAAGAGUUGGAUAUGGUUUUAUAUCAAGAAGAGCUUUUAUGGUAUCAAAAGUCUCGCGAGGAGUGGAUAAAAUCUGGGGAUAGAAAUACUAAAUUUUAUCAUGCCUCAACUAUAAUUAAGAGGAGCAGGAGCAAAGUUGAGUCUUUGAGAGAUAUGGGAGAUAAUAGCAUUUGGGUCUCAGAUCCCAUGGAAAUUCAGCAAAUGGUUAAUUGCUAUUUUCAAUCUUUAUUUACAGCAGAUGGGAGUUGUGAUAUUUCUUUGGCUGCUCGUAAUUCUUUCCCUGAGCUGAAUCCUGAACAUAGAGAGAUUAUUGCUGCUUCCUUUAGGCAUGAGGAUAUAAAGCAAGCUUUGUUUGAUAUGGCUCCUUUCAAAGCGCCGGGUCCAGAUGGGUUUCAUGCAGGAUUUUAUCAACGGAUGUGGGAUGUUAUUGGUAUGGAUUUGUGUUGUCUUGCUAUGCAAUUUUUUGAGACUGGCCACUUGCCUCAAGGUAUUAAUGAUACUUUAUUAGUCCUUAUCCCAAAAGUUCCUAUGCCUGAACUGGUGAGUCAGUUUCGACCGAUUAGCUUGUGCAAUGUGGGCUAUAAAGUUAUUACUAAAACCAUGACUAAUCGACUUAAGCGAAUUCUUCCUCAUGUUGUUGCUCCUAAUCAAAGCAGUUUUGUCCCGGGGAGACAGAUUACAGAUAAUAUUAUUAUUUAUCAGGAGGUGUUGCAUUCUAUGAGAAGGAAGAAGACUGGUCAGGGAUAUAUGGCUAUUAAGAUUGAUUUGGAGAAGGCGUACGAUCGCCUUUCUUGGGAGUUUAUCCAGGAUACUUUGCAGGAGAUUGGCUUUACUGAUGCUUGGGUUAGAAAUAUUAUGAGUUGUGUUUCUACUUCCCGCAUGUCCAUAGUUUGGAAUGGCCAACAGUUGGAUUGGUUUAAGCCAAGUCGAGGGGUUCGUCAAGGCGAUGCUAUUUCUCCUUAUUUAUUUGUGCUUUGUGUUGAAAGGCUGGGUCACCUGAUAAAUAAUGCUGUUUUGUCUGGAGCCUGGAAGGCUAUUAAACUGUCUCCUUAUGGACCUGCUUUAUCUCAUUUGUUUUUUGCGGAUGAUAUGGUAUUAUUUGCUGAAGCUUCGGUGGAUCAAAUAAAGGUGGUAAUGGAGUGUUUAAAUUUUUUUUGUGCAAGCUCGGGGCAGCGUGUUAGUUUCCAGAAAUCUAGUAUUUAUGUCUCGAAGAAUGUGGAUCAGGGUGUUGCUUCUGAUAUUUCUAGAUUGUCAGGGAUCCCUCUCACUGAUAAUUUGGGCAAAUAUUUGGGUACCCCUUCAAUCCAUGGUCGGGUAAGUUCCAAGGAGUAUCAAUAUGUAGUGGAUCGUAUUUCUUCUCGUUUGGAAGGUUGGAAAACUAGACACUUAUCAUUUGCCGGUCGUAUCACUUUGGCGAAAUCCGUCUUGACUACUAUUCCAAUAUAUGUAAUGCAAACGGCUUUGCUUCCGAAGGAAACUUGUUUGCAUAUUGAGAGGCUUGUACGCCGCUUCUUGUGGGGAGGUAGUGAAGAUAAGAGACCGGUUAGUCUUGUUAGUUGGGAGCAAGUUACCAGACCAAUUGAAAUGGGAGGACUUGGGAUUAGGAAAUUGGAGCAAACUAAUCAUGCUUUUAUGGCUAAAGUGGGCUGGAGGCUUCUCAAUGAAAAACAAAAUUUGUGGGCUAAGGUAGUUUCAAGUAAAUAUAUGAGAGGGAAUCCUAGUGUUGUGAAUCUCAAAGGGAAGCAAGGAUCUUCAAACUUAUGGCGUGGUAUUGUGAAAGCUGGCAAUAUUUUGCAUAAGGGAGUGAAGGCGUUGGUGAGGAAUGGUCGGAGAACACGGUUUUGGCUUGAUCAUUGGAUGGGGGAUAGCCCUCUCAUUGAUGUAUGCUUGCAUGAUAUUUCUUUGGUGGAAAAGCACAAGAUGAUCUCUUGUUAUUGGCAGCGCGGACUGGGUUGGAUAUGGGCGAAGUUUCAUCAUCUAUUACCUGAAAAUAUAGUGCAGCAACUAACGGCAUUCAUGGUGCGUGAGGAGGAUGAUAUGGAAGACGGUAUUUGUUGGGGUUUAUCAAAUAAUGGAAAAUUCUCGGUAAAAUCUGCUUAUAUGGCCACCGUUGGGUUAGGUGGGUUGAAUGUAGAUCCUCUUUGGCCGAAAAUUUGGAGACUUAAUGUUCCUCAACGAGUUACAGUGUUUAUUUGGCAGCUUACUCAUCAACGUAUAAUGUGUAACUCGGAGCGUUUUAAGAGAAGAUUUACAGGUGAUCCUAGCUGUAAGCUUUGUAGUGGUGUUGAUGAGGAUGUGAAUCAUAUUUUCAGGAGAUGCCCAAGAGCUAAACAAUUUUGGCAAGCCAUUCUUCCAGAUCAAGAGUUGAGUUUUCAAGCUGAUUUGGGCUUUAAUGAUUGGCUUCAUUAUAAUAUAUGUGGGAGAGAUGCUCGCAAUUUAUCUUCUAAUUGGGCCGCGAUGUUUGCUGUAAUUCUUUGGUGUCUUUGGAAGUGGCGAAAUGAGUAUGUGUUCAAUGAUAAAGUUUUGUCUUUGGCAGUGAAAGUGGAGUGGUUUCAACUCCAUAUGGCUGAAAUUGAAAGAGCAUUUGCUAAUCAAUUGCAACUGAAUGGUAUAAGUGUUAAUAAAAGGGUGAUGUUGGAGUUUGUUGGGUGGUCUCCUCCUCCUGAUGGGUGGGUCAAACUUAAUACAGAUGGUUGUUGUAAAGGAAUGACUGGCUUAGCUGUAGGAGGGGGCCUUGUGCGAGAUGUUAGAGGGAGAUGGUUGAUUGGGUUCUCUAUUAAUAUCGGGAUUUGUAGUGCAGUUGAGGCUGAGCUUUGGGCAGUAUUCGAGGGUCUUUCUUUGGCAUGGCAAAAUGGGUUUCGAAAAGUUUUUCUUGAGACAGAUUCGCUUGUUGUGGCCUCCUGGCUGCAGGAUGGUUGUGUUCCAAAUAUUCCUAUUUCUAAUUUGAUUUACAAAUGUUGUGAUCUUUUGAAGAAAGAUUGGGAGGUCAAUAUUUGUCAUGUGCUUCGGGAGGGAAACAGAUGUGCAGAUCUGUUAGCAAAUUUGGCUCUUAAGCAUGAUCGUGGAGUUUUGGUCCUUCAUCAACCUCCUGUGGAUAUUAUAGAGAUGUUAAGAGAAGAUGUUAUUGGAGUAUCUUGGCCUAUACGUGUAGUCAGGAAUGCUGAAUAG